GGGUUCUAACAGCCAUUUUCUUAGAACUCUCUCCAUUUGUGUUCAACCAUCGUUGGUCAGUUCACCCUUUUACCCUUCUUGGUGUAAUUGAACAAUGAGCAGCUUUUUUAUUUGCUUGUUUGGAUGCUAUUUCUAUAGGCACUGCACCAUCUCAUUUUGAAUUCUUUUCUGGAAAAUUGUUCUGCUUUGAUUGAGAAAUAGUUGUUUUUGUUAGUCAUUGAGGAUGGGGAAGCCUUAUUUUCAUAUUCGAAAACGUGCAUUAGGAAGGAUUAUUAGUUGGCUCCAACUUGUGCUUGGGGGGCUUCUUAUAUUUGUAAGCCUUUCGAGUUUUUUUAGCUUCUAUUCUGUUGGAUUUUUCAUGCAUGAUGAGGAAAUAUGCCGCCAUCUUUAUGGCAUGAAAGCAGUGCAUGAUGGUUUUGACAUAAAAUCACUGAGAGCUCGAGUUGAUCAAGUGCUUAAAAAGUUUGAAAAUCUGCAAAACAAGCUAGAACUGACUGUAAAAAAGAUGGAAAAGAAUAAAAUUGAGCUAUCUAGAAGCAAAAUUUCAAUAUUGGAGUACAAGGGGUUUCUGGAGGAAGAGGUGAUUAGGCCUCUAUCUUGGGCGCAAAUUGCCCUGAGGCAAAUUAGGCUGCCAAGAGUUGAAGGAAUUGGAACUGUGACAAUUAAAGAAGUUCCCUUGAUUAAUUCCUUUAUGAUUGAAGAGAUCAGGAAGUAUAUAGCCCCUAAAGGGAAUAGAAAUGGUAAGGUUAACAUGUACGGGACACUGAAGAUCUAUAACACGAUAGGGCAUGCGUGUGUUUUGAUGAAGAAAGAGUUAGAGGAAUAUAUGGAUUAUGACAUUGGAUCAUAUUGUAAAGAUGAUUGGAACUUGGCUCAGAAGCUAAUAAUUUAUGGUUGUGAUCCUUUGCCGAGGAGAAGAUGCAUUACAAGGGCCUCUAAGCUCUAUCUGAAGCCUUAUCCAAUUACCAAGUCCCUUUGGACAAUUCCAGAUGGAAGAAACGUUCCAUGGAGCAAUUACCAGUGCAGGAACUUUGAGUGCUUAUCAAGUAAGAAUUCAAGACGACGCUAUACUAAGUGCAUAGGAUGUUUUGAAAUGGAGAAGGAAAAGCUAAAAUGGGUAACAAACUCCUCUGUUCCAGUGCAUUUCUUGAUCAAAGAUGUUUUGGCGAUCAAACCGGGGGAGAUCAGAAUUGGUUUGGAUUAUGGUGUUGGUACAGGGACUUUUGCUGCAAGAAUGAGAGAGCAGAAUGUAACAAUCAUCUCCACUGCUCUGAAUCUCGGGGCUCCUUUUAGUGAGAUGAUAACACUUAGGGGUCUGAUUCCACUGUAUGUGACAUUGAACCAACGACUCCCAUUUUUUGACAACACGAUGGAUUUGAUCCAUACGACUGGACUUAUGGAUGGUUGGAUUGAUCUGCAACUAUUAGAUUUCAUCCUUUUUGACUGGGAUCGCGUUUUAAGACCAGGAGGCUUGUUAUGGAUUGAUCGAUUCUUCUGUAACAGGAGGGAUCUCGACGACUUCAUGUACAUGUUCCUGCAAUUCAGGUACAAAAAACACAUGUGGGCUAUUUCUUCCAAGUCUAAGGAUGAAGUUUAUCUUUCUGCACUGUUGGAGAAAUCUCCAAGAUCUUGAUGACCAUAGUAAGCUUUUACAGCCAUAUUCUUUAUCUUGUUACACUAACACUGUUGUCGAAAUCACAUGUUUCUUGUGUCUAUUUGUAAGAAAGUUAUGCUUCAUUUAUGUUCAAAAUAUUUGGUCCUCAU